AUGGAGGAACAAGAAAACGCAGCGAAACUACUAGAGGAGAAAAAAGCGGAUUGGGAGUCGUUUGUUAGGAAGGCCAAAGUGAAGACAGGCAACCAUACAACCAUGGUGCGAUUUUACAACGCCAUUUAUAAUUUCAUGAUAAUGACAGUCAUAUUGAUUGCGGGUAAGUUGUGACAAGAGGAUUUUUUCUCCAAAUAUUUGAUAUUCCAAAUUGCUUGCUUAUAAGGUGCGAGUAGUACUGUUGUAUUUCAAAUAGUUGUCAUUUUGUUGUUGUUGUUGUUGUGUUUGUUGUUGUUGUUGGUUGUUGUUGUUUGUUGUGUUUGUUGUUUGUUGCGUUUGUUGUUUGUUGUUUGUUGUUGUUGGUUGUUGUUGGUUGUUGUUGUUGUUGGUUGUUGUUGUUUGUUGUUGUUGUUGGUUGUUGGUUGUUGUUUGUUGUUUGUUGUCGUUAUUUGUUUGUUGUCGUUGUUUGUUGUUGUUGUUGGUGGUGUCGUUGUUGUUGUUGUUGUUGUGUAUGUUGUUGUUGCUACAUUCAUGCUUGCUACUAUUUUUAUGUUGUGAUUGUUAUUUAUCGAUGUUGUAAGGGUUGCCGUUACUUCUUUGUUUUUUAUUUUUAUCGUUGUUCUUACUGUUCAUCGGAAAAUAUUGUGGUUUGAUGAAAGUUUUUUUUCAAAGUUUCUGUGAUCACGGUAGGAAUUUUGUAAAGGUAAAUUCUAAGUUUUGAAGGAUUUGUAAGAAAUGUUUGAGGGAAAACACUGACCCAGAAUUUACCUAUGCAAAAUUCUUACUGUGAUCACAGAAACUUUCAUAGUGUAAACCAGCCUUCAGUGAUAAUUCAUUUUUUUCCAGGAAUUCUCACAUGUAUAAUCCUCCUGGGCGGUAUAGACAAGAUGGUACUGGCAGCUCUGAGCGGAGCAUGUACCAUACUAACAGCCUGUUCAAAAUUCUUGGUAGCAGACCGUAAGAAGGCAGGACAUAAACGCUUCGCUAAGCUCUUUCAGACAUUAUUAAUACGCAUGUUACGAUGUGAGACGACUGUAGAGUACAAUGCAUUAAGACAUGAACUGACUGAGGCAAUUAUCAGGGAACCAUUGGUUUUAAUUUGGCAACGAAGGAAGACUAAAACGAAGUUGAAUUACACGAUGACACAUCGUUUAGCGCUGGUAUGUAUUCCCCUUUCUGCUGAUCAAGCCUGUCACUGCAGGAGCGAUUUUCAGUGCGAAUUUAUUCUUCUGAUGGAUGUGAACGAGUGGAUGAGUUAUGAAUGUUCAGAUGAGGGUAUAUGUACUCAGAACAAUGAUAAUUCAUCUGCUCGUUCACAUCCAUCAGAAGUAGAAAAUUUCACUAGAAAUCGCAGCAAAAAUUGCAAGUGUAAAUGGGCCUUAAUUAUAGUUCUGUAAUAUUUUUUACAGAAAACGUGAAAAUUAUUUAGCGCACAGUCUCUAAUUACGCCGCCCCCCCCCCCCACCCCCGCCGCCCACUUCUAUACUAAGCACCCAGUUCAGGACCAGUGGAAGAGAGGAAAUACCGGGCUUGCUUUGGCAACUCGUUAUGUUUUAGUAACUGUGCAGAAUGGAUUUCCUUUGUCUUGCACGAGCGCGUUAAUUAGAACCAUAUCACUACGUUUGGUAUGACAUGACUGAUGUGAUCGUUUAAUUAACUUUCAAAUAACGUGAGCGAACAGAUCACGACUGUUUUGGUAUAUAAAAGGGACGUGUGAAUUAAACAAGUCGUAUAUUAAGUUCUUUGUAGGAUUGCAUGGCGAUAAAACAUAUAAAACUUUUUGUUUGUGAAAACACCAUGUAAAUUUAUUACUGCAAAGCUUUCGAUCCGUAAGCCCGGAUCUUCAUCAGUGCUAAUAGUAUGAGCACAUAUUAUUAGCACUGAUGAAGAUCCGGGCUUACGGAUCGAAAGCUUUGCAGUAAUAAAUUUACGUGGUGUUUCCACAAACAAAAAGUAUUAUAAGUCGUAUAUUAUUGGCACUGAUGAAGAUUUGGGCUUACGGAUCGAAAGCUUUGCAGAUAAUGAAUUUAUGUGGUAUUUCCACAAUCCAGAAACUGAUAACUCUUUAUUUCUGGUACUUCUCGUGGUAGGCGCUAGAAGGUAAAGAAGAACCAGUACUUGGUAAUACCUCACCCAUGAACCAUCAUCAAUAUGGUCGUAUGAGCCCUGGUAAACCAAUGGAGUUUAAUCCACAUGACUUUCACGUGAUGUCCAUUGGGGAACCGUCGAGCAAUCAGCAGGUAGACGUCAUAUAUUAUAGGCAGACUACACACGUAAAAACGCACAAGUUGUGGCAAUGCUGUUCCAACAACUUGUCAACAGGAUGUGUUCGCACUGCUUGUUCCCAGCUUGUUGACAAGUUGUCAACGGCUUGCUGACAACUUGCUACAAGGUUGUUGAGCUCAACAGACUUGUUACAAGUUCUUCCAACAAUUUGUUAUCGUCUUGCUAUUCAACAACUUGUCAACAAGUUGUGAGUGACAACCUUGUAGCAACUUGAUAAAAUAACAGCAUUGUUACAACUUGUUCACAAACCUGUAGCGAACACAUCUUGUUGACAAGUUGUGAGAUUUUUACGUGUGUAUAAUUUCACGAAGAGUGCUUCCAUUUUGACUCUACCAAGCACUGCAAGUUCCCUUGAGGUAUUCCAGUUUUGUUUCGAUAUACAGUACUCCUAUAUUUUACUUUCUACAUAGGGACGUCACUCGCGUGAUGGCUAUGUCGCAAUCUCUGGUUUCCAAGAACAGCCUGAAAGAAAUAUUUCAAGAAAUAGCAAUCGAGACAAAAGCAUGAUUGCAGAACAGGUAAAAUAUCUCCAAGUGGAAAUUCUCAUAAAUCGAACAUUUCUUCCUUUUACUAAAUCUCUGGGGAGAACAGUUUAGAACUGAUAGAGCUAUCCAGUAUAAAUACAGUUAGUUUAGGUUAGAUUUCCUCCUGUAGUAACACUGGAUCAAUAAGAGAUGACUCUUACUGGACCUCUACAGAGAACAGUUUAGAACUGAUAGAGCUAUCCAGUAUAAAUAAAGUUAGUUUAGUUUAGGUUUCCCCCUAUAGUAACACUGGAUCAGUAAGAGAUGAUUCUUACUGGACCUCUAUAGAGAGAACAGUUUAGAACUGAUAGAACUAUCCAGUAUAAAUAAAGUUAGUUUAGUUUAGGUUUCCUCCUGUAGUAACACUGGAUCAGUGUUUUAGAUUCUUACUGGAUGAUUCUUACUGGACCUCUAGGGAGAACAGUUUAGAACUGAUAGAACCAUCCAGUAUAAAUAAAGUUAGUUUAGUUUAGGUUUCCUCCUAUAGUAACACUGGAUCAGUAAGAGAUGAUUCUUACUGGACCUCUAGGGAGAACAGUUUAGGACUGAUAGAACUAUCCAGUAUAAAUAAAGUUAAUUAGGUUAGAUUUCCUCCUGUGGUAACACUGGAUCUGAAGAGAUGACUCCAUACUGGAACUGAUAAAACUCUUUAGUGUAAAAUGUGAACUGAUAAAACUCUCUUAGUUUUAGGUCAGAUAUACGAUGUUUCGGACACGUACGUCUGAUGCCUUGUUUACACCGAGUAUCUUUCAUUAUUUUAGAUGCCUGAUUCUUCCCCCAGCAAAGGCAAAAAGAAGAAAAUAAAAACAGAAAGUGAAAAGGUAUAAACUAUGAAUUUUGAAAACAGUCUGAGCUACAUCCUUCGAAAUUCAGCACUCAACUCACUCUUUUGGCACAGGAUCUCAGCCAGGGUCUCAGAUUUACGUUUUUAGGAGUGUUUCUAAAUUUCAGGGCGUGUACAAGCCAAUUACAGUACCCAGAAUAGUGACUUAUUUCAUUAUUUCCUGUAGUCAUUUCAGUCCAAACAUACAUUCCAAGCUGCGUCAUCUCAAGGGACACUUGAUGAGAUCGAUGAAGAGGAGGAAACUGAGGGACAACAGGUGGGUUUUAUACCAUUCUAUCCAUUCCCAUCCUCGACACUUUUGUGAAUGUUUUAGGUAGAUUCUUGUUUUUUAAUUAAUAUUGUUAGCCAGAAUUUACAUUUCCUAAAACAACUUUACAUUUUCCUAAAAAAAUGUUUGAGAAUUUAAUGUUAUAUAAUACCCUGAAGAAGAAGAAAGAUUUUAUUAUGCACAUUGGUAUUAAUAUUUACAGUUUAUCUGUUGAGAUUAGAACUUAAGAAUUAUACAUAAUGAUGUUAUUAUAAAUUUAAAUUGGAUGUGCGCAGUAGCCAAAGUAGCGUGAGCUUUCGAGUUGGUUAAAGCCAUUUACCCUCAGAUUUCCAAACACGUUCAAGUUCGUGUAAUAUAUAUACAGGGUAGCCCCCUCCCCUCCCUCCCUGUUAUGUAGGUUCAAGGAAGGUGUACCCCCCUAAGACCACUUCCUGUUUUUUCGUCAUUCGUAGUUCGAAUGGGAUUUAUUUGUCUUGUCAGAACCUCCAGGAGACAAGUGAGACCACGGCAUUAAAUGGUCGGAAAGGAAAGAAAAAGAAAGGGGCGACUCAGGUAUGAUGUCAUCGCAAACUCGUUAAUAAUUCAUGAGAAAAUUAGCCAACCAUAUUGCUUUAUUUUGCUCACAUGAUAAUAUCGGAUACCUGGUGAAGUAUAUUGAUCCAGUCCUAGGAGUGGAUCACUAGAUUAAUUCAGGCUAUUAAAAGGCUACGCUAUAUUGAAAAUAAUUAAACUUUUUUAUCUCUUUUAGUCCAAGAUAUCCACACCAACCCAAGAUCUUCCUCCGCCACCUUCGAUAACAGAAGGCGAUGACGAUGAUUAUUAUGAUAAUGGCUCACAGCAG